CCGGCUUCCGCUACGUCACUCCGCCGAGAUCUUGCCCAUGCAAACAAAGAUGGUGGCUCCCUGACGUCCAUGUGGCUUCGUAGGCAGAACAACGGGUCCAAAACCUUAAUAUCGAGUCUUUAAACAUCAUAAACACAAGCAGCAGUCUGUGGAGUGAAGCUACGAGCUUCUGAGAGCUGACCCAGGAUGCAGUGCGACGACGUGAUCUGGGACAUUAUCGGAAACAAACAGUUCUGCUCCUACAAAGUCAAGACGAAGACUCAGGGCUUCUGUCGUAAUGAGUACAACAUCACGGGGUUGUGUAACCGCGCGUCCUGCCCGCUGUCCAACAGUCAGUACGCCACCAUCAGAGAGGAGAAAGGUCAGUGUUUCCUCUACAUGAAGGUGAUUGAGAGAGCAGCGUUUCCCGCCAAGAUGUGGGAGAAGGUGAAGCUCAGUAAGAACUACGAGAAAGCUCUGGAACAGAUCGAUGAGAAUCUGAUCUACUGGCCUCGAUUCCUCCGACACAAAUGUAAACAACGCUUCACUAAAAUCACUCAGUACCUGAUCCGGAUGCGUAAACUGGUGCUGAAGAGACAGAGGAAGCUGGUUCCUCUCAGCAGGAAGGUGGAGAGGAGAGAGAAGAUUAAGGAGGGGAAAGCUCUGAUCGCCGCUCAGCUGGACAACGCCAUCGAGAAGGAGCUUCUGGAGCGACUGAAACAGGGAACGUACGGAGACAUCUACAACUUCCCGGUCCAAGCCUUCGACAGAGCUCUGGAGCAGCAGGACGAGGAGAGCGAGGAGGAGGAGGUGGAGGGAGAGGAAGAGGAGGAGGAGGAGGAGGAUGACGAGGACGUCGGGAAGAGAGAGUUUGUGGCAGAAGAAGAAGUGGAGGAGAGCGAUCUGAGCGACUUCGAGGACAUGAACAAACUGAGGACGAGCAGCGACGAGGAGCAAGAGUCGUCCAGUGAAGAAGAGGAUGAGGAGGAGAUGGAGACGGAGACGAAGAAGACGAAGGCCGCCAAGUCUAAAGGUAAAUCUCCGGCCAGCGGCUCGGCGGUGAGGAAGAAGCGAGCGUACGUGGAGAUCGAGUACGAGACAGAGCCCGCCCCCAAGAGCAGAGCCACGUCGUGAUGUCACAACGCUCUGCAGCCAAUCGGACGGUGACUCUCCGCUGAGGACACGCCCCCUCCACGGAGGUCAUCAUGUUGUUGGUUAAUGGACACACAGGACGGAUCUGCCCUGGAAUCAGAUCCGAUAAAAACACCCAAAGUGACUUUACCUUCUUAAGAAAUAACAGUUUUGUUUUGUUAAAUGUUGAGUUCAUAAUAAUCUU